GAACUGGGCCCAAUCUUCAAUUCAGAUCGUUCCCCCCAAACUGGGCCGAACCAAAAAUCGCGCCUUUCCACGUCCCACCGCUCCAAUUCCUACGCCAGAACCCAGAAAAAUCGAGUCUUUGCACACGAUACUUUCACGAACUACAACGUGUGCAAAUGCAAACGCCGUAGGUACCCACGACAACAAAAUGGCGCAGAAUUUGCUGACGCUCCGCAACUCGCAGUCUUCUCUGCUCCUCCUCCCACGAGAGCUCACCUUCUCUUCCCUGCGGCAACACCCUCGAGCUGCCCGAUCUCGCCUCCAGUUCUCGCUCCCCGGGACACCCAUUUGCUGCAACUUGAGCGCGAGGCCGAACCGCUCCGUGGGUCUUAAAGCUCCGGGGGUUCUGUCGGCGGAUUCCGCGACUUCGGCGGGCGUACUCACCGUUGACCCGGAGGGCAAGGGCGUAGGCGCGGAGCCGGACGCGACCAGCGGCGGCGGGUUCGGCGAUUUGGGCGACGGCGGUGGAGGCGGCGGAGGAGGCGGAGGAGGAGGAGGAGGAGGAGGAGGAGGAGGCGGUGGUGGUGAGGGAAAGGGCGAGGGCGAAGGGGGGUCGUCGGAGGACGGUAGCGAGAAGAAGCCGGGGAUGUCGAUGUCGCAGAAGUUGACCCUGGGCUAUGCUGCACUCGUUGGAGUGGGUGGAGUCAUGGGGUAUAUGAAGAGUGGAAGUCAGAAGUCUCUUGCUGCUGGAGGUCUGUCAGCCGCAGUAUUGUACUAUGUCUACACUCAGCUUCCAUCUAAUCCAGUUUUUGCAUCUUCUAUAGGGCUGGGUAUAUCAGCUGCCCUUCUGGGAGUAAUGGGCUCUCGCUUUAAGAAAUCAGGGAAGAUAUUCCCAGCAGGUGUAGUAUCCGUGGUCUCUCUGGUUAUGACUGCUGGCUACUUGCACGGAAUUAUGCGGAGUGUUCACUAAGAUUAUCAUAUGUCCAGUUGAAGCGGUUGUCCGUCCCCUCUUCGUUUGUUUACUGAGAUAAAAAGGAAAACAGCAGCUGUGUCUCAUAGCUAGUGUGUCUGUUUUAUGUUACAGUCAAGACCAUUAUCACAGCUACAUACUUCGGUCCUUUUCUCUUGUUCUUUGUGGUUUUUUUAAUCGAACUCAUCAUGGUUAGUCUAGCUCGUAUGGUCAGUUGACCUUGUUUUUGUUUAAACGAGAACAGUGCUGUGGCGGAUCAGACUAUGUUUCUUCUUGUGGAAAUUGCGAGUCUCUGAACCUUCUGUUA